AUGAGUGUGUUGCAAAAGAUCGCCGAGAUCGAGGCCGAAGCAACGACCAUGGGUCACAUUGGUCUUUUGAAAGCUCGCUUGGCAAAGCUUCGGCGAGAACUAAUAGAACCGAAGGGGGGUGGUGGUGGUGGCGGUGGUGAGGGCUUUGAUGUUGCCAAGACAGGUGAUGCUCGGGUCGGUUUUGUCGGUUUUCCCUCUGUCGGCAAAUCCACCCUUCUUACUAACCUUGCUGGUGUCUACUCUGAAGUUGCUGCUUACGAGUUCACAACCCUCACCACAGUCCCUGGUGUCAUCCGUUAUAAAGGUGCCAAAAUUCAACUGCUUGAUCUUCCCGGUAUAGUCGAAGGAGCCAAAGAUGGGAAAGGUCGUGGUAAACAGGUCAUUGCUGUGGCUAGGACAUGUUCCCUGAUUCUGAUGGUUUUGGAUGUUCUCAAGCCACUUCAGCACAAACGCCUUCUAGAGCAUGAGUUGGAGGGAUUCGGUAUUCGACUGAAUAAGGAGCCACCCAACAUCUUCUUCCGUAAGAAGGAUAAGGGUGGUAUUAAUUUCCAGUCACUCGUGCCCCUCACUGAGCUCGACAAGGAGACCGUCAAGACCAUUUUGAGUGAGUACAAAAUCCACAAUGCGGACAUCACUUUCAAGUGUGACGCCACGGCGGAGGAUUUGAUCGACAUUGUUGAGGGCAACCGCGUCUAUAUUCCUUGCAUCUAUGUCCUGAAUAAAAUCGAUCAAAUUUCCAUCGAGGAACUCGACAUCAUAUGCAAAGUUCCACACUGCGUGCCAAUAUCGGCACACCACAAGUGGAAUUUCGAUGAGUUGCUGGAGAAGAUGUGGGAUUACCUCAGUCUAAUCCGCAUCUAUACGAAACCCAAGGGUCAGCUGCCUGACUACACUUCUCCGGUUAUUCUUAAGUCUGCCGCGCACACUGUGGAAGUAUUUCUUGCCAUCGUCUGGGGCUCCUCGGUAAAACACCAGCCCCAAAGAGUGGGCAAAGACCAUGUUCUUGAUGAUGAAGAUGUAGUUCAGAUCGUCAAAAGACUGUUGUGUAUUUGGCGAUCUUGUAUUAUGUAUGAAACCACGGUUAAUAAAGUUCAGGUCUUGCUCAUUUGUGUUUUUUUCUUGAUUGUUUGCAGACAAUUUACCCCUACGGAGAAGAGUAGCAGUAAGUUCAAGGGCGUGGCGCCGAGCAAGGAGGAGCGUAGGACCUGUUGGGCAGCGCGGGACGCCUUCUGGGAUUGUAUCAAAGACGUUUACUCCAGGGGCCGUCAGGUCCCCGAUGAGCUCUCCGAUACUGUCAAUGCCUCCCAAUGUGUCUCCCUUCGCAAGACCUAUGAGGCCGUCUGCCCAGAGUCCUGGAUUAAACUCUUCGAUCGACAGCACGACUUUGACCUCUUCAGAGCCUCGGUGGCUGAGGAGAGCCUGAAGGAACGAGCCAAGAAUGCCUGA